CAAAGCAGCAUUCUUAUGAUUCAGAACUGAGUGUCUUUCAGUGAGGAGUCAAUGGGAAAUACUAUACUGGGCUCUACUACUUUGUUUGUCCUCGUUCUCAUACCCACAAGCAGAGAGGAUCUUCUACUUUUAAGGCUGUAGGAGCAUCUGCAGUUGCCUGCAUUAUUUUGCUUUCACCCCAUUGACACUGUGACCAGCUAACAGUGUUUAUGGUUCAGUCCUUUUCUAUAUACACACACACACACACGUAUUUUCAGCACUGACACUGGACAUGGCUGAGACAUGCGGAGAAAAAACAGAAAAGGUACACCACCCAAAGUGUCACGCUGCAGUUUAACAGAGUGGACAGUGUAAGGCCUCACAGGCCAUUGCUGAAGUCAGAGAUGUUAAACCAGGACGACCCCAAAUCACGCCCAAUGCUAGAACUGCGAGAGAAGCUCCAGCCAGAGGUGACUGAGCUGAUUAAACAGCAGAGGUUGAACCGCCUAUGUGAGGGGACCUGCUUUAGGAAGAUCAGCGCUCGUCGCAGACAAGACAAGUUCUGGUAUUGCCGUCUAUCGCCAAACCACAAAGUGUUACACUAUGGAGAUAUAGAGGAAUUCUCACAAGGACAAAUAUCACACGACUCUCUCCAGGAGAAAGUGACUGUAGCAGAUAUUAAAGCAGUGGUCACGGGUAAAGACUGCCCACACAUGAGGGAGAAAGGAGCACUUAAGAAUAAGGAGAUGCUGGAGCUGUCUUUUUCCAUUCUUCAUAACUCUGAUGAAUAUCUGAACUUCAUUGCUCCGGACAAGCAUGAAUACUGCAUCUGGACUGAUGGGUUGAAUGCUCUUUUGGGAAAAGAGAUGACAAGUGAGCUCACAAAAUCAGACAUGGACACUCUGGUUUCUAUGGAGCUGAAACUUCGCCUCUUGGACCUCGAAAACAUUCAGAUUCCCGACGUCCCUCCUCCUGUUCCCAAAGAGCCCAGCACUUAUGACUUUGUUUACGAUUUUAGCCAACAACACACUUGAGACUGGAAUAAAGCCCUUACUCAUGCUGAUAAACAGCUGUAAGGAGUUCUCACUUUUUCUCUUUUUUUUGGCAUUCAUGUUUUCUCUCUUUCCUCUCAUAUGGACAGAAUCAUGUUUAUAUCAUACAUUUUCCUCUAGAUUGUGACUAUUAUGUGAUGCUUAGUUUUUGACUUCAUUAAAAUGCCUCUCACAGGAAAAAUUCACAGUAACCCUUCUUUUCAGUCAUCGGUUUUAAUGAACAACUUGGUAUCAUGCACAACAUUUUGUGUACGUAAAGUGAAUAUCUGCAUAAAAUACUGAGGAUGGAUUUGUUUCAUAAUCAUUUAAAAUAAAAUUCAGAAGCUCCAUUAAGUCAUGAACACAUACACAGAAUGUGCCAGUCACUGGGCAGAAAGAUGAUUUCAGAGUAAUCAAGUCAACUAAAUCACACUCAACAUUAAAGUGCCAGUUAAUAAAUUAUUUCCAAUGUCAAAAAAAUAAAA